GGACUCUGCUGUCACAUGACCAUUAUCACAGGUCCUUCAACUACAAUAUCUUCUCGACAACUCUGCUGAGCCCCGCCCACUCAUGUCACAUGAUCCUCCCCACAGGUCCUUCAGCCACAGUCACUUCUUUACUGCUAAACUUUCCCCCCCCAAAUGUACUGGUCACAUGAUUGUGACAUCAUCACAGGUCCUACACCUACAGCAUGUAGCAGAUACAGAGCAGGUCCUGGUGGAGCAGUCACCGCUGUUGUGUGUGGAGAUCUCUCAGAGCAGCAGCCCCUGAUCAUGUGACUGAUCACAUGACGGUGACAUCAUCGCAGGUCCUGUAAGCACACUCCUCUACAGUUACAGGUUCCUAUAAGGUGUCAGGACGUGGCGGUCUAUUUCUCCAUGGAGGAGUGGGAGUAUGUAGAAGGACACAAGGAUCAGUACAAGGAUCAGGUCAUGAUGGAGGAUCAGCAGCCCCUCACAUCACCAGUCAGAUCCAGUAAGAGAACAGCACCAGAGAGGUGUCCCCGUCCUCUUGAUGAGCAGAAUAUGGAGGUCAUUACUACAGGGAAAGAUCUGAUCUAUAUUAAUGCUUCAGACAUAAAGGAAAAAGGAGAGACGGAUGUGAGCGGUGAUGAGCAGUAUAAGGAGGACAAGGACAGUCCUAUAGGAAAAGAUUUGAUCUAUAUGAAUGCUACAGACAUAAAGGAAGAAAAAGAGACAGAUGUGAGCGGCGAUGAGCAGUAUAAGGAGAACAUUCAUACAGGGAAAGAUCUGAUCUAUAUUAAUGCUACAGAUAUGAAGGAAGAAGAAGAGAUGGAUGUGAGCAGUAAUGAGCAGUAUAAGGAGGACAAGGACAUUCCUACAGGGAAAGAUCUGACCUAUAUUAAUGCUACAGUAAUAAUGGAAGAAGAAGAAGAGACAGAUGUGAGCAGUGAUGAGCAGUGUAAGGAGGACAUUCAUACAGGGAAAGAUCUGACCUAUAUUAAUGCUACAGACAUAAAGGAAGAAGAAGAGACAGAUGUGAGCGGUGAUGAGCAGUACAAGGAGGACAUUCCUACAGGGAAAGAUCUGAUUUAUAAUAAUGCUACAGACAUAAAGGAAGAAGAAGAGACAGAUGUGAGCCGUGAUGUGCAGUAUAAGGAGGACAUUCCUACAGGUAACUGCCCAGAUUCUUGUAGCAGGAGAUCAGAGGAGAAUCUUAUAUCUUCAGAUUAUAAAGCAGAUGAUGAUAUCACACAAGAUACAUAUGAAGAACAUUCCAUUAUCCCAGAUACACCCUCAGCCCUUCACAGCCAAGAUCUGUCAUCUCAUCCUUAUAUACAGGUCCUGUCUUCUCAGUCAUCACAGAAAGGUCACAGAAGGGGUGUUGGACAUCAAAGAGAUCGCACAGGAAAGAAACCAUAUUCAUGCUCAGAAUGUGGGAAAUGUUUUACCAAGAAAUCUAAUCUUAUUCAACAUCAAAUAACUCACACAGGAGAGAAGCCAUUUUUAUGUUCAGAAUGUGGGAAUUGUUUUACUUUAAAAUCAAGUCUUGUUAAACAUCAAAUAACUCACACAGGAGAGAAGCCGUUUUCAUGUUCAGAAUGUGGGAAAUGUUUUAUUCAGAAAUCAGACCUUGUGGUACAUCAAAGAACUCACACAGGAGAGAAGCCAUUUCCAUGCUCAAAAUGUGGGAAAUGUUUUACUUUUAAAUCAAGUCUUGUUGUACAUCAAAGAACUCACACAGGAGACAGGCCAUUUUCAUGCUCAGAAUGUGGGAAAUGUUUUACUCAGAAAUCAGACCUUGUGGUACAUCAAAGAACUCACACAGGAGAGAAGCCAUUUCCAUGCUCAAAAUGUGGGAAAUGUUUUACUUUUAAAUCAAGUCUUGUUGUACAUCAAAGAACUCACACAGGAGACAGGCCAUUUUCAUGCUCAGAAUGUGGGAAAUGUUUUACUCAGAAAUCAGACCUUGUGGUACAUCAAAGAACUCACACAGGAGAGAAGCCAUUUUCAUGUUCAGAAUGUGGGAAAUGUUUUACUGAUAAAUCAAGUCUUCUGAAACAUCAGAAAACUCACACAGGAGAGAAUGCAUUUUCAUGCUCAGAAUGUGGGAAAUGUUUUACUCAUCAUUCAAGUCUUAUGCAGCAUAAAAGAACUCACACAGGGGACAAGCCAUUUUCAUGUUCACAAUGUGGGAACGGCUUUACUAAGAAAUCAAAUCUUUUUAGACAUCAAAUAAUUCACACAGGGGAGAAGCCAUUUUCAUGUGCAGAAUGUGGGAAAUGUUAUACUCAGCAAUCACAUCUUGUUAAACAUAAGAGAACUCACACAGGAGAGAAGCCAAUUCAGAGCAAUAAAUGAUGCAGAUAACACAUCUAUAUAUUAACCGCUUAGUAAAGGAAACCAUGGGCGAUGCAAUCUGUGCUUCUUAUGAAAUACUCAGACACUGUUAGAUGCUUUGACACAGUUUUUAUUUUUCUGUCAUAUAUUUGGCAUAUGUUAUGUCGGACAGACCAGCAGAAAAAUAUAAAUUAGAAUAAUGGAGCAUAAAAACAACAUUAGAAAGGCUAUAAACACUAAAACAGUGAGUGAAUCAUCUAAAUUCAGUGAAACUACUGUCGCGAGACAUUUUUUAGGAAAACAACAUAAUGUGAAGGAAGUAAGGUGACAAAUCUUAGAACAAAUUCACACUGAAGGGAAUGAGAAUAUAAAGCGCAGGCGUCUCUUGUAAAGGGAAGUAUAUUGGAUAACCUACCUGGACACGAUUUCCCCAUCUGUAGAUGAAAGCUUAUUUAUGAAUGAAUAUUGUAAUCACCAUGUUUUGUGAAAUGCAACUAGAUGUAAAAUGACUUAUAAAUCUGUUACUUAAGAUAAUUGUAAAUGUUCCUUUAAGAGAAAUCCCUCGAUUGUGAACAGGUGGCAUUCCACCUCAAAUAUCCUGGAAUCUCAGGCUCUAGUACACAUGAGUAAGGGGGCGUUCCCCCGAAACGUCAGACCCUGAUGGCUCCCGAACAAUGAACACCAUCUCUGCUGGGACGACUAAUAACAUCUGCAGCUUCCAAUGUUACAGCUCCGAAUGUUUUACCAAAAUGAUCGAAUAAAGAAAAAACAGCGGCAAAGCAUCUAACAGUGUCUGAGUAUUUCAUAAGAAGCUCAGAUUGCAUCGCUCAUGGUUUCCUUUACUAAGACUUGGGAAUUGGUGAGUACCCACCGGAGCACAGCCUUGGAGUCUACACAGGACUUUUCCUCAAGUAUAUAUUAACCACGUACAUUGGAUAUCUGACAUUUAUAUGUAUCUUAUGUCCAGAGCAGGAGAAAAUCCCCAUAGCAAACCUAUCCGACUCUGGACAGUUCCUAAAAUGGACAGAGGUGUCAGCAGAGAGCACUGUGGACAGACAGAAAGGAAAUCCAAAAAGAAAAGAAUUUCCUCUGUAGCAUACAGCAGCUGAUAAGUAC